AUUAUUUUCCACUCCAGAAAUUAAUGAUCAUGAGCUCGUAUUUGAUGGAGUCUAACUACAUUGAUCCGAAAUUUCCUCCAUGCGAGGAAUAUUCGCAAAAUAACUACAUCCCUGAGCAUAGUCCCGAAUAUUACAGCCGCGCAAGGGAGACUGGCUUCCAGCAUCACCAUCAGGAGUUAUAUCCUCCGCGGGCGAGCUACCAAGAGCGCCAGUAUAACUGUGCAAGCAUCCCUGAACCUGACACGCCAAGGGGACAUGGAGUACCCCAUUCUGCGCACCUGCUGACAGGGAAAGGGCAACCAGCUUCAUGUGAAACCCCCCAGUUGUCCAUGUCCCCCGCUACCCCACCAGCCGCAACCUCCGCCUGCAACCAAGCUACCCCGGAGCAUCCAAACAGCACAGCCUCCUCCAAGCAGCCCGUGGUGUACCCGUGGAUGAAGAAAAUUCAUGUCAGCACUGUGAACCCGGGUUACAAUGGGACGGAGCCCAAGCGGUCUAGGACAGCCUACACGCGGCAGCAGGUCUUAGAAUUGGAGAAGGAAUUCCACUAUAACCGAUAUUUAACUCGGCGGAGGCGCAUCGAGAUCGCCCACACCCUGGUUCUCUCCGAGCGACAGAUUAAAAUCUGGUUUCAAAACCGCAGGAUGAAAUGGAAAAAGGAUCACAGGCUGCCGAACACCAAAGUGAGAUCCUCUUCCUCCUCCGGGUCCAACACAAGCUCGGCAGCCGGCGCUGUGGCCGCUGCUUCGGCCACUAACACUGGGGCCCCCGACGAACUCACCGGAGCGCAGCAUGGCGAGGAUAUUACCAGGUUAUAAAACCACGAACGGAGGGGAAGAAAAAGGACUGGUUAUUUAUAGAACAAUUAUAUAUUUUGUUUUCGUAGGUAUCUUGUGCAGUUUCCUUUAACUCCAACGUUAUAUAAAAUGCAUGUUAUAUGGCAUGGAUUAUUGCGAAUACUGCGAAUAAUUUUUACGUGACACAGGGUUUAAUUUAUUUGAAGCUCAAUUAAGAUGAUGUUUUUUAUUAAAAAAAUGUUUUGAAUGAAGGAAAAUAAUUGUAGAAAAAAAUAUACGUUUUAUCAAAAUGUUAUUGUGGGCCAUUGUUUUGCCCUGGUGCCCAAGGUGAAAUGCACAAUCUAUUUAUUUCAAACAACACUGGAAGGAAAUCAAUAUAAUAAUAGUUAUUUUUGGUAUAAAAAAGCUGGAACAUACCAUUGAUCUUGAACUUGUAUUGUUUUGGACAAUAACAGUGUGUAAAUUACCUCGUGUAUUUCAGAAACAGGAUUUUGAUUUACAAUUUAGUUUUGUGGUGUUAAUGUUGUGUUUAGACCGUUAAACCGCAGAUUAUUGUGCAAUGCAAUAAACGGAGUGUAGUGUUGUGCUAAUCAUGUUGGUCAAUAAAAUAGUGAGUGUCUACUAGUUUUAUACGUUUGGUCACACUUCAUUUUAGGCAAGAUGAGGUCUGCUGUAGUUUUAUGGCUUUUUUGGAAGGAUCACCUUAAAAAGUGUACAGAUGUGUAUUUGAACAUUUCAUGAGGGAAACAAGAAGCACUGUGUUUUUAAAAUUGUGAUUGUAAAUCCUGCAGCUCAUUCUUGCGUUUUCAGCAACGUGCACAGACGGCGUGUGUUUGUGUGCGUGUGGUGAGUGUGUGUGUGUGUGUGUGCGCGCGCGCGCGUGUGUGUUUGGGGGGAGGGGGGGAGUGCUCCUUCGUUCUGACUUGAACACAAAGCUGCAUGCUUUCGGUUUAAGAGGGCAUCUGUUAGAUUACACAGAUCUGUUGUUAAAAUAUUCUUAUUCAUUUUGUAACCUGGUAUUUUUCCUGCUUUUUCCCCCCCUGCAGUCCAAAUGUACAGAAAUAAAAAAAAAACUAAUACAAUACGGUCUUGAGACGCAGAUAGAUUCUAUAACGCGUCAUGUGGUAAUGGCGUAAAUUAACUGACCUUUGUUAUCAGUCUCUGUUGAAGUGCAUUUGGCUCAAAGAAAUCAAUGCUGAUGGUUUCUGGUUGGCUCACUCUCGGUUUGUGCUUGUGUAAACACUUUGCCAUAUUUACCUGCUGUCUCCCCAGUGGCUGAUUUGCCUCCCGAGUGUGUGCAGCAGCUCGCGAGAAUUCAAGAAACACGACAACUACAAUUGUUUUUUAAACGGUGCGUCUGGCUGCACGCCGGUGGACCGACAGGA